AUGCUGAAGCAGAGUGUUUAUCACUUUGAUGGUAAACCAUUUAUUACAAAGGAAUGGUCAGCAGCUGAGAACAUUAAUAUGGAUGAAAUACACAAUGUUCCUGUUUGGAUUCAAUUGCCAAAGCUUACACUUCGCUAUUGGAGUCCAGUCACAUUGAGCAAAUUAGCCAGCAUGAUUGGAAGGCUUCUGGAAAUGGACGACAUGACUUCUCAAAAGCUUCACACUGCAUAUGCCAGGAUUUUGGUUGAAGUUGAGAUUAAAGAGGAGCUCAAGGAAGUUAUAUGGUUUCAGGAUGAAAAAGGCAACUUGCAAGAACAGGUUGUGAAGUAUGAAUGGGAACCUGUAAUAUGCAAAAACUGCAAAGGUUAUGGUCAUGAGAGGAAAAUAUGUAGAGCUCCAAUCCAACAAGAUUGGAAAGCUAAGGCACUAGAACAAGAAAGCAAGAUGAUGAAUGAGAAACAAUCUGUUGAGAAGGAACGUGAUGAUCAGACUGUGUUAGCAUGGAAGCAGCAAAACCCUAACGAAGGAAUAGAGAGUAGAAGGCUCACUGGAAAAGUAGCUAACUCUAUGGUGAACUUAAGUCCUGAAGAGGGAAAUGCUAUACUCACAAUCAAUCAGAAAGGAGUGAAAGUGCCUAAACGAAGAGCUAGUGACAAACAAGUUCCAUUAACAAGAUAUGUUAUUUUGAAACUAGAGCCCUCUAAAACACAUAGAAGUAGGCAACUACAUCUCUGUCAAUAA